AGUUCCAUCACGCAGUUGAGCUUUUUUACGUGCUAUCUAACCAAACACUCCCCAGCUUUCAAACCGAGUGGAAAGGGACGGAGAUUUUGAUGUUUUAAUAGAGUAAUUUAACACGCCAAGAAAAUCAUCUCCUUUAACUAGAAAACCAUCAAUACAAAGCAAACACAAAAUCCAAUAACGGACUUCUUCACACACACACACACACACACACACACACACACAAAAGCAAAAGAAAAACGCUUGCCCAUUUUCUUCAGCAAUGGCUCAGGUCUCCAUCUCUCCCCUUAAUUUCCUCAACGACGACGACGAUGACGUCAUCGAACAUCAAAACGCCGUUGUAGAGGACGUCGACUCUUCUCCUUACUGGCCUAUCACUUUCGGUGACUUCACCGUUUACGCCUCCCCAGAUCUCUCCAAUUUCCCUCGCCACCGUUCCCAAAUAUCUUCCGUUUCUACUAGGAGGAACGGUUUUGCAUUAAACGGCGACAUUUCACAACGCGAGGACCAAGUCAAUUUUGUUAUGGAUAUGUUUCACCAACGGGUUGAACAAUCUCAAUCGUCGAGUCGGGUUGUUUUGGACCCGGAUGUGGAGGAUGGUUUUGGUGUGAUUGAAGGGGAUGAGUUUACGGGGUUGAACAACUUAGAUGUAGAAUUUGGGUUAGGGUUAGGGUUAGGUUUUCGUGAGGAUACGGAUGAUUCGGGGUUUCAUGUUGAGGACUGUGAUGGACCGGAGGAGUUUGUGAGUGGGUUGAGGGUUGUGGAUGUUGAAUCCGAUUCGGAUCAUGAUGGGAAUUGUGUUGUUGGCGGCAGACUGUUCGAUGUGGGUGAAGGUGAUGACGAUGAUGAAGAUGAGAAUAUUCGUGAUAACGAGAGUGAUGACCCGAGUCUUCGGUUAUGUUGGGGUUCAUUCCAAUUGGAGGAUCAUAGGGAUGUGAAUGAGGACUUUGAGUGGGAAGAAAUUGAUGGGAGAGUUGAUGAGAGAGAGAUUUUGAGCUUGUUUGAUGAGGAGAUAUCGGAAAUUGCUGCGCGAGAGGAUAGAGCUCGCGAGUUGGAAAAUUUGGAGUGGGAGUUUCUGCUGAAUGUUCAGAAUUUGGAGCCUGACCCAGAAUUUAGAAAUGCAGAAUUCGAUCUCAAUCCUCAUAUUGAUCAAGAGGAUUAUAAUUACACUGCUGAGUAUGAGCUAUUGUUCGAACAGUUUGCAGAGGCCGAGAGUGCUUUAAGUGGAAGACCACCAGCUUCAAAGAUUGUUGUUAGAGACCUUCCAACUGUGGCUGUGAGUAAAGAUGAUUUAGAAAAGAACCAUGCUACUUGUGCUAUCUGCAAGGAUGAGAUGAAUUUGGGAGAAGAGGCUAGACAGUUACCAUGUGCUCAUAGGUAUCAUGGCGACUGUAUUCUGCCUUGGCUUGGAAUUAGGAAUACCUGUCCAGUUUGUCGAUAUGAGUUGCCCACUGAUGAUCCUGUCUAUGAGAGGGGGAGAAGGAUGCAGACUCAAAGAGUUGGUUGACUUGAUUGAAGGUAUAUUUUCUGCAUUUAUGUAGAUAGUUGGACAGCAAUCAACCCCUUGAGCUGCGUCUUCUCUUUGUUGAUCUACUGUUGUAAGUACUUGUUCAUUUCCUUGUAUUAACAUUGUAAAUAUACUAGAUGGUUUUGAUGUCAGUAUUAUGUGGAUGUCUUAUUGUCUUGACUAAAUGUUUAAAACUUCAUAGAAUGAAGCAAGUUCAGAGAAA